GGCCUGGGUAAGAGCCAGCUGGGGAGGGGACGGUCUCGGAAAGCGUGGGGUCCACGGCAGGGCACGGGCCGCACCCCCUGCCUUUCGUCUCUCCACUUUCUGGCCUUCUGCCUGGAGGAGCUCGCACGUAUGGAUUGCCCCCUGCUCACCAAGGGUCGCAACAUAAAUUCUGCCAUUCAGUUCUGACAGCAGCACUUCCUGGUAGUUGGUAGGUGUCAGUAAACCCAUAUUCCGGAGGAGGAAACACAGGCUCAGAUUAUGGGAUUUGCCCAAAUCCAAGCCCAUCGGACUCCAGUGAACGUUCCAAUAUACAGUAGGCUAAUUUCCCCUUAGUUUCUCCUGUGCAUACAAGCGCUGGUCCCCUCCAGUGUCCCCCGCCGUAAAGACCUAGCACUGUGUCUUGCACAGUAGGCCGCCAGUAGCGUAAUAGGCUUUUUAAAUUAACUCGGUUGAAACACUCAUUACCAGGGCUUCGUAGGUUGGGGUUUCGUAGGUGGGGAAUGGGCUGGGGGAAAGAGCCCUCCUGGUUUACGUAUUCUGGGGGGCUUCAAAGAGGCUCCAGAGUUGUUCAAGGCAAUUAAAUGGGUCAGGGGAGUUGAGAUUGAUUAGCCUGAAGAAGAGGGGUGGGGCGGGUGGAGGUGAAUGUCUUUCAGGUAUCACUGAGACCCACCAUCUGUGUGCUCACUGCCUUCCCACACCCAACGUUUUUGUCCAGGUGAAACCUGCUUAUAAUAGUAAUUGUAGUUGACAUUUGAUGGGCCCUGGGCACUGUUUCAAGGAUUUAAUCCUCCCAAACCAUCCCAAGAGGCAGACAUUAUUAUUACCAUUUUCCAGGUGGGGGAAAGUGGGGUACAAAGAGAGCGCAAAGCUAAGUCAGUGGCCAAACUGGUUUUGAACCCUGGUGGUCUGGCUCGAGCCCACACUCUCCUUCACUAAACUAAGUUGCACCUACCAUGAUGGGAACAUCAGCUUUGAGAGUAGAAAGCCAGUGCAGAUGGCAGAGAGGUGUGUGCUAGGUCAGCCCGCCUGUUUUGCCUUGGUCAGGAUAGGAAAGAAACUUGGGGCUGGUUGUGCGUAUCUGGAAUCUCAGACUUCUCUGUCUGGAUUUGACAGAAAGCAAAAUAAGAAAACAAAAGCCAAGUUCCUACAAAGUUGCAUCUUGAACUUAUGCACCCUAAGAACACUCACAACACAACUACCAUCUAUUAUCACUAUCAUUUCGUAAAAGCAAGCGCAUUUUAAUUCUCGAAAUAAGAAAGACCUCCUCUGAAUCAAAAGCAGUCAUUCCCAAGAAAAGACAGUCAUUGACUUUACACCAACAAAUGGACGUUCCUCUGUAAUUUUUUUUUUCACGGUGCUGUGGACUAGUGAGAAUGUCACUCUGGGCAUGGCCUCUGCCUCUUGGUCCCUGUGUAUCAUCUGAGAGCAGAACCAAGAGAAGUGUGCUUUCGGUGUAGCAGGAAGGAGUUGGGUUAAAGCCAAAAGAGGAUGCUUUUUUUUUUUUUUUUCUUUAAAGAACAGGUGAGCGCUGCAUUUACGUAGGAAGUGAGGGUUGCAGAGUCAAGCCCACGGACUAGAGAGGCCAGUAGCCCUGGUUUCUACCCCAGAGAAGGGCAGCAACCUUGUUCUGAAGGAUCUACCCUCAAAUCCACCAGGGUAGCCUUAGAACCUAAAGCAGUCCCAUCAGGCCGCCAUUUCCUGCCUGGAGUCCAUGGGGCAUGACAGGUGGUUCCAUGGCAGCAGGGAGGCCUCCAGGGGCCUCUGUCACCCCUCAUCACAGAGUCCAUGUAGUCACCCACCUUGGGUGACUUGGGUAGAGUGCUUGGGUAGGAAUGACCCUUGAGGAGGGCCGAGGACAGAAGAGAGGAAAGGAAGAGAAUGACACCUAGGAGUGUUGCCUGUAGCCCAGGGUGUGCGAUGUGAAGGCUCUGAGUGGACGGGCCCGGCUGACUGCAGCCUCCUUGGGGAUGCUACUUUCCUAUUUCCUCACAUCCUUCAAGUCCAGGUGUAGCCCAGGACCUAGACCCUUCUAACAGGAGCUUAAACCCAGGCAGGUGAAGCCCUCUUCUGGUACAAUGGUGCUCAGUGCUGGCUCUGGGCCUGAGCCUGGCUUGGGGUUUGUCACUUCCCUGUUUUGUACUAGGAGGCAAGGCCAGAGGGGACAAGCAGGGAAAGGGGAGAAAGAGGGAAGGGUCUAGUCUCACCUGCCCUAUCCUAUUGGUGGAGACCAAGUCCUCCAAAGUCGAACUCUCAUUUUCUGGGAUGGUGGCAUUUUCUCCACAGGAGGCCUCAAGCCUCAUCUCACUGUGUAGGGGUGGGGCAGGGCACUGGGUUGUGGUUCUCCCAGAUUUAGGCCCCCAUCGUUUAUUUAUUUUUAAGUUUCUUUGAGAGAGUAUGUGCACAUGAGCAGGGGAGGGGCAGGGAGAGAGAGAGGGAGUGAGAGAGAGAAUCCCAAGCAGGCUCCACACUGUCAGCCCAGAGCCCGAUGCAGGGCUCAAACCCACAGACUGCAAGACCAUGGCCUGAGCUGAAAUCAAGAGUCGGAUGCUCAACUGACUGAGCCACCCAGCCACCCCUUAGACCCCCAUCAUUUAAAGGCACACACCUACCCAAGUUUUAAUCCUGGAGUUAUAGAAUGGUAAAUCUGGAUCCUCUCAGGUUGCAAAUGCACAAACUGAGACCCAGACAUGGGCAAUCUCGUCCUCCUCCAGGGUCACACCGGUUGGGCCUGGAGUGCCUAUGCAACCAGAUUCUUGCUCACUCUGGGUUGGAUUUUGACACUGUUGACAGAAGUCAUGAUUUUGACACUGUUUGACAGAAGUCAUGAUUUGAGCCCCUCCUAAGUACAGGACUCUAUCAGAUGUUGCAGAUGCCGAGAGAGCUGCCCUCAAGAGCUUUUGGCCAGACAGGUAAUUACUACCCACUACAGGGGGAACUACAGUUGCUGGAAGGUGAGUUUGCCUCAAGACCGCGAAACUUUACAAAGUGCUCCCCUUGAUGGAAGGGGGCCCUGCCUGCAGAAACACCCAGAUGCCCAGCAGUCAAUCCAUGGUGAAGAAAUCAAAGAUGAGAGGCCAAGGAGUGAGGGAACAGGGUUGCCAGUUGGGCACACCUGACGCCCCUCCCAGAAACUUCCCAAGGAACAAGCCCAGAAAUUGGGCCUCUGCUGCCCUCUAAUGGAGGAAAGCCAGACUCUAGAGCUGCCUACCGGGGCCCAGCCGUCCUGGCUCUCCUAAAGAAAAGGGGACGUGAAGGACCUUCCUGCCCCCAGAAUUUUUAUUCCCUUAGAGUCUCGAGCUUCAUUUCCUACAGCCUCAGAAGCUGAAACUUCUCUCCUUCCAAGCGCCUCUGGCCAUCUUGUUUCCCGAUCACCACCCUCCAUCCUGUUUCCCCAGUUUCCUUUGUUGCCCAGGUUCUGAUUCUGGUACCCUGGUUCCCGGCCCUGCCAGAGUUCUGGUUCCAGAAGGCCCUUGCCAGGUGCCUUGGGCCUAGCUCCCACCUGGGAGCAAGGCAGCGCUGAAGACAUGGGCAUGAGCGUCCCCCAGUGCCUGGGGCAACUGCACAUCUGCAAGGGUGUAGUGGGCUUGGCCACAGGUGCUGGGUUCAUCUACCUGCUCUACAAGGCCAUCAAGGCUGGCAUAAAAUGCCAACCGCCCCUCUGCACCACCUCACCAAUCUGCAUCGCCCGUGAGUGUCCCGGCCCUGGGGAGAGGGCUCUGCCCCAGGAGGCACCUACUCCCGAGGCCUCCAGUGUGGGAGGGCCCAAAGGCCUGGCAAUCGAGCGAGAGCGGCACGGGCGGGACUCAGGUGAGCUCCGGAGGCUCCUCAACUCUCUGGAGUGCAAACAGGAUGAGUACGCCAAGAGCAUGAUCCUGCACAGUAUCACGCGCUGUGUGUACUUGCUGGAGGCCGAGGCCUCUGCUUGUACUACUGAUGACAUCGCAUUGGUGGGCUCCAUGCUGGAUGACAAGGACAACAGUGUCAAAAUCCAAGCUCUGAACACACUUAAAGCUUUCUCUGGCAUCAGAAAAUUCAGGCUUAAAGUCCAGGUGCAAGCCAUUCGAUUGCUGAGCUACCUGGCACAGAAGAACGACCUUCUCUAUGAUAUUCUCAACUGCCAGGUGCAUGCCAACUUCCUGAACCUGUUUCAGUCCACACAGCCAGGGAGUCUGCUGUUUGAGGUCCUGGUGUUUGCCGAGCGGCUAAGUGAGGGCCGGAAUUCACCCCACUACCGUGCCGUGAAGUGGCAUUACAAUGAACAGUCGCUGCACGAAGCUCUUUUUGGGGAUGAGUCGCGACUGGCAGACCGGCUCCUCGCUCUGGUCAUCCACCCUGAGGAGGAGGUUCAGAUCCAGGCCUGCAAGGUCAUAGUCAGCCUGCAGUGCUCCCAGGAUGUGGGAGUCCGGCCCUCCGUCUGCCAGCCCAGCCGUUCCUACUUUAAUAGCGGGGAAUAAAAUUAAGGAGAGCCAAUAAAUGACUAUGGGAGAAAAGCAUGAGGAGCAGUUUCUGUUUAGGGCCUUCCAGGGGCUGGGUGGGGAUUUCAGCCGGCCUGAUUGCUACAUGGAGCAUGGCAAAGCAUGGGUGCAUCUCCCAGAACACGUCCCCACUUCUCUGCUUAGAGGACAGAUUCCCUUCUGCCCCUGCUGCUUUUAAAAUUUGAAUGUGGAGCCAGUGCUUUAAGGGAGUUUUAGGGAGAAGGCACGUCUCGGGGACAGAGGCCAAAGAUAAUCAGCAGGAGACAGUAUUGCAUGGGAUUACUCAGCACGGGCCAGGCUGUGCCACAGUAACAAACAGCCUCCAAAUUUUAGUGGCUUAAAAAUGACAAAGUUUUUUGGUUUUUUUUUUAAUUUAUUUAUUCAUUGGCGUAGAAUGAGAGGGAGAGAGAGAGAGGAAGAAUCCUAAGCAGGCUCCACACUGGCAGCACAGAGCCCGGCGUGAGGCUUGAACUCAUGAACCGUGAGAUCAUGACCUGAGCUGAAACCAAGAGUCAGAGGCUUAACCAACUGAGCCACCCAGGGGCCCCAACAAGGUUAUUUCUUAUUCCUACUACAUGCCUACAGCUGGGGCGAUAGAGGGACAGGUGUCUCUUCCAAAUCCUCUUCUCUCUGUGGCCAAGGCUGAGGGUGGAUCUUCACUGUGUGUCUACAACUCCUAGAGAAGGAAAAGGGAAGGUGACAGUGAUCGCUGGCUCUUGAAAGUUACACCAGAGGGGCGCCUGGGUGGCUCAGUCGGGUAAGUGACCGACUUCAGCUCAGGUCACGAUCUCCCGGUUGGUGAGUUUGAGCCCUGUGUCGGGUUCUGUGCUGACAGCUCAGAGCCCGGAGCCUGCUUCGGAUCCUGUGUCUCGCUCUCUCUCUGCCCCUCCCCCGGUCACACUCUGUCUCUCUCAAAAAUAAAUAAACAUUAAAAAAAAAAAAACCUUACACCAGAAAUGAUGCUCGCAUUUCACUAGCCAUAGAGGGUAGGGGAGAUCAGUCUUACUAUGUGUCCAAGAACUGAAAAUAUUUGGUGGAAAAAGCAUUAAUGACAGAGACUGCAGGCGUAUUAGAAGAGUGAGAGCUCUGGAAUCAGACUCUCAGGUUCAAAUACAGCUCUGUCACGUACUGAUUGUGUGACUUUAGGCAAGCCAUGUACCCCAUGUGAGCCUCAGUCCCUUCACCUAUAAAAUGACAUAUAUAAUAAUCUGUAUAAUGAGAGAACUUAUCUUCUGAGGCUGUUGAGAGGAUUACAUGAGGGAUAUGUGAGUUCGUGAAUGUAAGACACAAUGUUCUGCACGCGAAGGGUAUUCACCAAAGAUUGAAGAUUGAGAGCGUGAAAGAUUGACACUGGAAAGGUCCUAGAGAGCAUUGAGUCCUAUGUGUCUGCAGACCAGUCUCUUUGGGUUGCAGGCACCGGGGAGUCCCAGAACUCUCUAAGAAGCACCCUGAGAUGCCACUAGAACUUAGCUUUAGAAACCAGAGUGAUUAUGUGAAUAAUAUAAAACCAUAACCAUGUAGUCUCCAGAAACAAGAAGACUGUCAAACCAAAUAUGAUCACCUAUUUUCAGAAUUCCCAGAUAGUGCAUUUCCCAUGUGUUCAUUCAUUGUGUUACCUGGAAAACAAACAGCAGCGGUUGUUAAUGGUUUAAGAAAACAUUACGGGGGGCACCUGAGUGGCUCAGUCGGUUGAGGGUCUGACUUUGGCUCAGGUCAUGAUCUCAUGGUUCAUGAGUUUGAUCCCCACAACAGAUUCUGUGCUGACAGCUUAGAGCCCGGAGCCUGCUUCGGAUUCUGUGUCUCCCUCGCUCUUUGCCCCUCCCCCACUCAUGCUCUGUCGCCCUUUCUCUCAAAAAUAAAUGAACAUUAAAAAAAGAGAAAACGUUAUGGGAGAAAACCCUAACAUUGGAGUGGUUCUAUCUGCUACUACUUGAUUUAGGAGGAAGAACAUGUUGGCCCAGCUAAAGAACCCGUGGUCUUAGGGGCAGGACCACAGUCUAUUCUAAGGCCAACUCUGUCAUUUUGCUGAAAGAAAAAACAAACCCAAAGAGGAAAAGUGAUUUGCUCAAGGUUUCAUGACUGAUCUGGGGCAGAAAUAGGGUUAGAGCCUCCUAGACUCAAGCUUUUUGCUUUCAUAUUCCUUGGCCUGAGCCCCAUGAGAGCGGACUCUGGAUUCUAAUCCAGAAUCUGUGGCAGUUGAGGAAGAUAGUGCUUUUGGCUUUUAGGGGUCUGUUUAGGACUGAAUACUUGGGGAAAUGUGUCCCCACUGAAUUCCCGACCCAGGACCUCAUCUCUUGGGUCAGUGGGGUUGGGAGGAGGGUUGUUGAUGAGGAUGGGCUGAUCAGAGAGCCGGUUCCUACUUGGGGACCAUCCUCAUCACCAUCUCCCAAAGUCUGACUUGUCACCUCUGAGUGGACAUCACUACCAGAUCUGAAUCAUCAGCCCUUGUCUCUCUCCUGAGUGCAGGCCUGAGGGCUGCUCCUUCCUGCUUCUUGGAUACACUGCAGUGACCCCAGUGGAACCUGUCAAAAGCCAACAUCAUCCUACCCACUCCUCAGCCAGCUCCCUCUGUUCCUAUGUCACCAGCUAAGUACUGGGCAUCACCUUCAACCUCUGUCCACCACAUCCAGCCAACCAUUCAGAACAUCCCACAUCUACC